UUUUUUUUUCAACGGCUAUCCAGUAACUACUAGAAGUCCCUUGAUAUGAUGUCUACUCAACCAAUCUUUCACCCCUUUUCGCAGUGGCAGCCGAAGUGGUUUGUGUAUGAAACUUGCCUGAGGCUACCUUUGGACCGGGUUACUUCAAAGUUAUUUUUACGAGCAUUGAAACCCUGGGAAAGCUCCAACAGCUCGAAAUCUUUGGACUACGUAGCAUAGGAACCAUGGAACAUACUGACAUACUACUAACAUUUUUUAUUGGAAGAAAUACAUAAAUGACCAAAGUUAUAGGUAUAUAUGAGACCUUGGAAAAUGAAUGAACGAAACUGGGUAAUAUGGUAUAUUUUAUUUUCAAUGUUCAUGACAUUGUCGACGAUAGGUACCUAGGUACUAUAGAUGUACUGCACAUGUGGGGCUUAAUGAUUGCAUGUACCGGAAAGCCGGGAGAUCUCCGGCCCAAGCUGCGACCCAGACCGGUAGCUGCUCGUGGCAGCUGCAGCCGAGUGAUUGACUUGAUUGGAUUCCCAGAAGUCCCGAAAAGAUCGAAAGAUCAAAAAGAUCGUCAUUUCAACACUCAACCACAAAACGACCCGAGCUCCGUUAGCUACAGUAGCAACCGAAUACUCGCCGAGCUUGUUCUUCCAUCGCUGCAUCGCAUCAAUUGGUCCUCAUAAGCCCAAUAUGGCCCCAUCGCGGGCUACAACCAGGCUAACAGCCCUUCUACGACGAACUGCUCUACAUCAGCAACAACGCUCACCCUUCCAAUCGCCCCGCGGUCCGGUUCUACGUCGAUCGUAUCAGUCCUAUGACCACCCACCACCGCCAGGCAUCUUCAGCGCCGCCGAACAGGCUAUUUUAUCUGCAGCGUACCGCCAUGUUCCCGAGCAUGGCUUCACCCAACACACCCUAUCUCUCGGUGCUCGCGACGCCGGCUACCUCGAUAUAAGCACCAACCUACUUCCCGAGGGGCCCUUCAGCCUCAUAAGAUAUCACCUAGUCACCCAACGGCAAGCUCUCGCGCGGCGGAGCGAGUCGAUAUUCAAUUCUCAGGGAGAAGAAAGGACUCCUCUCCCACUGCCGGUCCCGGAUAAAGUUGAGCGGCUGACAUGGGAGAGGUUACUGGGAAACCAAGAAGUAAAUCACCGCUGGCAAGAGGCUCUAGCCGUUAUGGCGCAGCCCUCUCACGUCCCCGCCUCGCUGCGCGAACUAGCUCUUCUUGCCGAUGAGGUUUACUACCUGGCCGGCGACACGUCUGUCGACCCGUCGUGGUACACGAAGCGCGGCUCGCUUUCCAUGAUCUACGUCUCGUCCGAGCUCUUCAUGACGAACGACCAGUCUCCUGGCUUCGGCGAGACUCGGGCCUUCCUGCAGCGUCGCCUCGAUGAGACAAGCAAGGUGGGUAGUGCCUUGGGCAGCGUUGCUCAAUGGGUAGGCUUCACGGCAUCAGCUGGAGUAAACGUGCUCCGAAGCAAGGGCGUCAGGAUAUAGACUGAAACCGCAUCACGUGAAGUCCAGCUGGUUUGUCGGGCACCUUCGGGGAAAUGUGUUAAUUGGCUAGAUAAAACUUUGUAUAUCGUGUAUAUAUAAAUAUUACUGUGUGCGUUGCGGAGAGUGCCUACGGGACAUGUGAUUUCGUAUCGUUUUCUAUUAAAAAAAAAAAAAAAAAAAAAAAAAAAAAAAAUAAAGCCCGAGGUUCAAGCAGUUAGCAUUUCGCAACUAGUCACUAUUCAUACAUCAUCUCACAUAACAGCGAUGAAGUUACUGAUAGUCUAUGACUGAAAAUUUCCUCAGUGACCUCUUUUGGUGCCGUAUCAACAUGAAUUUUUUCGAAGUCCCUAGACAGACCAUCUAG